AUGAAUGCUGACAUCCUGUGGCUCAUGGGGAUGCAAUUUCCUGAUCCCAAAUCCAAAUCCCUGGAUUUGGAGAAGCAGAGUGAAGGUGUCAUUGGCAGGGCUCAAAAGCCACCUGCAGAGGCUGCAGUCCCUAUGCAAGAAGCUGGUAGCCGAUUGCGGAAGAGAAAGGCAAGAGAUCAAGCAGAAAGGGUAAAGGAAAGGAGGUAUUGGAGCCAGAAGGUCACUGCACCACAAAUGAGAAAAAAAGACAGAGGAGUAAGCACUUCGAUUUCUUUCCUAUUCUUCAAGGUCCUGAUUGUAUUUACAGCUGAAGAUGCUGAACCCGUUGCUGAGCAGGUUCCUUUCCUCGAUCAAAUCACCUGCCCAUUGGAUACAAAGGUGAUUGAUUGGGAAUCUUUGAAUAUAAGAACAUAUGCUCCAUGGCUCAGUAAAGUGGAUUGUGAUGCAGUAGAGUACAUGUCCAAGGCUGCAUCCACCACUGAAUACCAGUAUGGACAUGGGUGGACGAUGCUAGUGGAGCUGAAGUAUGAUGGGGACAAGGGCUUGCUCGCACAGCUAAUCGCCAACAUCAGUGAUUCACUGUCGAGGGGAUGUGCAGUGUUGGUCAGGGGAUGGAAGCCAAAUAAUCCACCCCUUGACUUCACUUGUGAAGACAUUCACUUCUUCCACCUGACAAUAUCACAGGAAGUUGUUGUUCAAGAUGCAUUAAAGUGUGCAGAGCAGCAGGAGGCAAAGGGGGGGCCAGACAUGAGCAAAGUUUUUGAAGUGCUCAGCAGAGUAAAAUUCAUCAAGCUUGCAGAUGAUGAGAAUACAUGCAUGAACCUCCUCGACUUCCUGAAUACCCAGCCUGAGGUUCCCAUAUUCCUCAGGCAACUAUCUGACAAUGUAAACACAAAGACCAUGACCAUGAAUGAUGUUUAUCUCCCCCAUUCUGGUAAGAACACAGGAAAAUCAUAUUAUGGCAUGCAGGCAGUCUUGGGGGAUGUUGAACGACUUCAUGGAUGGGAUCUACUGAUGCAUGGGGGUUUCAUCAUGUACCCUCACCAUGAUGCAGCAGGGCUAUGCACAUACAUCACUGUACAGUCUGGCAGCAAGAUAUGGGGUUAUUUUGACACCCCUGGAAGUCAGGAUGCAAGCAGAGAGAAUCUAUUCAAGGCCUGGGAUGAUAUUUUUGCUGACAAUGUCAAUCUUAAGUUCCACAAGUAUCCUCUCAGGACCAUUCAUCUUCAAUGUGGAGAUACCCUGUAUGAUUUUUAUUCCCAAUUCCCAAGCGUGCUCUUAUGA